AUGGCGCAAAACUUGCCUUUUUCAGUGGCUAAUAUACUUCGUUCGGACUUCCCGCAUCCUUCGCGUAUCAGCAAAACACCCAGGGUUUUAUAUGUGCCACCUUGUUUUAAAGAAGCUGCAAAUGUUCCGUUUGUAGCCGGCUUGCGUUGCGAGCUUGAUCAACGUAUGAAGUGCGGACAAGCUGGAUGUUUUAGCUAUAGCGGUGCUCCGCCAAUUUUUUCACGGCCAGAGAAAGAUACGAUGCAAAGUUCCACUCAAAGAAGAAGACGACAGGGAAAGACGAAUUCUAGCGAAACUCAAAACGAAGGUAAUAUUACUUUUAACACUCAUCCCUAGACUUUUCAUUUGAGUUCAUUACAUUGAGUUUUUACCUGGCCAGACGCGCAAUUAAUGAAUGCUGUUAGUUAAAAGUGUUGUUCUAAUAACACAUAGCACUUGACAUUUUGAAACCCAUACGCAAGGUGUUGAAAAUUUCAAAGAAAUGUUUUAGUUUUCAUUGAUUAACGCAAUUAGGCUUAUAGUUGUUUAAAAAAUGACGCCUUUUAAUAUAUAUUUGUAUGCAAGUUCGUCUUUUGUGCAAACUCAGUGAGAUUCAUGCUUGGCUGCCCUCAUAUGUGCAACAUGGUUUUGUCGCUAAAGUAAAAUUUUAACAAUUUUGAAUUUCAGUUAGAUUAAUUUCCUAUAAACGUAUUGCUAAUUUUCAGUAGUCCCCUCUUUAAAAAUUCCUCCAUUUGUCACGGAGUUUUUUAUCUCGCGACUUCUGUUGGUCGCCAAAAGUGUAUCAGUACAAAGUAAGUGUAAUUUGAAAAUCAUUAUUUAACAAAUUUGUUGAGAAAACUUCGUUAUAAAACCAAAAAGUGUGUGAAAAAAAUUAUCAUGGGAAUGCAAUGACUCAUUGUGAAUUUGCAAUUUCCGUACAGAAUCGAGUGAACGCAUAGUGACACAUGAACUUCGUUAUGCUAAACUUCUAACUUUUAUCAAACUUUGCCAGUUAGAAUUUUUCCUCCCAUAUUUCGCCACUGCAAACGUCUUGAAACAUCAGAAACGGAUUCAACACAACUGGGGAUUUUUUUUAUUUUUUAACUAUGGCAGCAAAAGCUAAAACUAGCAUUUGCCGUUAAUCUGUACUGAACUUUCAUUUGUAUGACAUUUUUCAUGACUGACGACAAAUAAAACAAUUAAACUAUUUUAAAAGAGAUCAAUUUUGCGAAGAUGAAAAGAAAAUGAUUUUGUUAACAGUAAAGUACAUAUGAUUCGCAAAAUGUCGCCAAAAUUGGGCUGUUACUUUUAGUCAGAAUGGUUUUCACUUCCUCUCAGUCUGUCCCGCGUCACUGCAAAAAUGGUUGUCUUUCAAUUUUGUUCAUCAAAUCAGACAGGUACCUGUAAAAUUUUUGCUGAUAUGAAAUGAAACAAUGAAGAAUAUAUAAUUUCCUGAAACUCUGGUUAUGAAACAAGGGUCAUAUUUAAGUUUCGCUCUUUUAAGAGAGGACAAUGCCCCAGUCAAAUAAAAUCCCGCCCUCAACCCACCCUUGCAGGGAGGGGGAGGGGGAGUGAGAAUUUAACCUGUACCUGGUGUCAAAGAAAAGCUAUCUACUGGAAUAAGCACAAAUUUCUUUGGGAUAUCCCCGUCUGUAUACUUGGAAUUCGUCUCUUUGCGCACGGCCGUGCAUGUUCCGGGAUUUCCCGGGCUUUAUAGAAGAGGGGAAAGUCUUUGCUCUUCUUGGAAACAUCAUGAAUGCGUUAUAUUCUAGCCCGGGGCCCGUUUCUCGAAAGUCGUCCUGCAUGGUAACUGUUCACGUCUGAAAUCAUUCAAAUAUUCCCAAAUAUAUAACUGAAAUGUAAAAGAGCGGGUCCUAGCUGGCAAACUGGUGCAUUUUCAGUUUUGUUAACUCGGAAAGUUUUAUCGUAUCAUAUCUGCAAACUGUUAAGCUUCGAUUAACAACAACAGCUAAUCGACCUGAUCGGGACCCCCGCGGCUUUCGUGAAACGGGGCCUGGAACCGGAAAACAGCUGCCGUUUCGCGUUUCCCUUUUGCUCGCGGUGGAAUUUAGCAGUUGGGUGUCCCAAAACGUUUGCUGUUUUCUCAAGCUACACAAUUUUAUCGCGGGUUGAACAGGACUAAUGGAAUAAAAGAAACAUACAUAUUUCUUUUGAAGUAAUGACAUAAUUCCCUUGUUUUUAAGUUUGGGGGUAAUACUGGAAUAAUGUUGUCUUUUAUAGGUCUUUUACUUUACUGAGUCUAGAAGAUUUAAAUUUCGAAUGGAUCUCAUGCCCUCUUCAGCCCCCAAUUCGAUUUCGGGAAUUUGACCAAUUUGGAAAAACAUUUUUUUUUCUCUUUUAAAGAAAGUUUGUUUUCCCAAGCUAAGCCUUAUCCUGUGGUUAAUUUUGGCAAAAACUUUUACUUUUCUUGGAAAGGCAAAUAAGCGCUAUUUUGAAAGGGCUUAAAGAUUGUUUUCAGUGAAAAAUCGGAUUAGUAAUGAGCUGUUUUUGUGAGGUUUUGACUGAUUUAUUUGAAAAGAUGACUGUGUUUUAUUUAAGGACAAUCACUGUUGUUGCAUUUUCUGAGAGAUUUUGAUUCAUUUUCCUAAAAUGUAAAAUAUGCUAAUUCCUGUUGGGCAAGCGAUUGGUCGAGAUUGGUUCAGGCUAAUUUUCUCCCACAAGGUGCCAAGGGCAUUGAGUAAAAAAAAGCAAACCAGUUUUGUUCAAAACACCAAGGUUUUUAUUAUUCUCUCUUGGUGUUGUUUAUUAUUUCCUCGCACAAUAUUCCAAGUAAAUACAGAGCGGCCUUUAAAAGUUUAGGGUCGGUUAUUUAAACGAAGGCCAAUUUAGGCCGCGGGUUAAAAAAUCAUUGAACCUUCAGAUCUCUCUCUUAGUGGGCUAUUUUAAGAAAACAAGUGCUUUCCAGUCUACACUGUAUGCUUUAUUGAAACUGUUCACUGUAAACAGUGAACAGUUUCAAUAAAAGCGUUGGGCACUGACUGAAAAUGGCUUAGAACGCGGUUUUGUUAAACACGGGCUAAACUCCGUUUAAAUAACUGGCCCUUAGUUUUUAUCACAUGAGUGGUAGUUAUUAGCUAGUAUCAUGUCACAGAACCUGAUAAUGGACAUAAAAAACUUCUGUUGUUGUUGUUUACAAAAAAUAAUGUGCUUUAAAAUUGUAUACCCCGUAUACCGCUGAAUAGACCAAAAAACCAAAAACCAAAACAUAUACCUUCUACAGCGUCAUCUUCAUGUUAGACCAAAUCAGGAAGUGUUCAACACUUCCAGGCUUUCAACUGUUCUUGUGGUUGUCGUUGUUGGUUUUUUUUUCUUGUUGCCUUACUGAUUUCAAGUUAUGUAUCAUUUUUCAUUUGAGGUUAUUUUUUCCUGGGGUCUUUUUAUAAGUGCCUUUACAGGUGUAUUGCGGCCGUGGGUCUAAGUCGGGAUGAAGAGGUUGAGUGAGUGAGAGUGUCAUGACACUCGCCACGUGUAUAUUUGAGAUAUUUUUAUUUAUGGGAGAUCUCUCUGAUAUUGUCCUUUCCAGUUAAAACCUAUUAUGAUGUAAUCGUAAAAUAUUUAAUUCCUUCGGUAGACAAAAGUGCUGGAAGCAAAAAGACCGAUGAAAGUAAAGAGGACAGCAAUGCUAGUAAAGAGAAAAAACAUGUUAAAAAGAAACGAAAUAGAAGCCAUUUCACACAGGUGCAGCUCAGAUACCUGGAUGACGUGUUUUCCCGCCAACAGUACCUGACACGUGAUGAGCGCGCGCUGCUAGCGAAUGCUUUGGACAUGACAGAGCUACAGAUCAGAAACUGGUUUCAGAACAGGAGAUACCAGUUACGUCAUCGAGGAGUCAACAAACCGAGGCAGGUUCCUGUUAAGGUGCUGGUCAGCAGUAGUACUGGGCAUGCGUCCGAGGCCGACUGAAAGCAAGACGCUGGGCGAUUUCUUGUGAGGAAGUUUUGAAGAGUGUCUAAACUAUUCUAUAAUAGAUGUGAUAUUAUCAAUCAAAUGUUGCUAAACAUGUUGAAAUAGCGGUCAGGAUCUUUUUAAGUUGAAAAUAAUACUGCUGUUUUCGAAUUCAACAUUGAGGUCCGGCAAAAUGUAUUUUCGUUGGCACGGUGCAAAUGUGCGCAACCGGAUUGUGCCUUGUGCGUUUAAAUAUAUAUGGUGAGAUGAAUAAAUUACACACGGUUUUGAUACCUUUAGUAAAGGCGCUCAAUUCUUGAUAUAACACCGAUUCUAGGAUGCCACCUUCCAGUAGGGGUGACGAAUGGUCUUUGCGAGCAUUCGCGAGCAUGCGAGCACUGCGUUUUUUUGCGAGCACGAGCAGAGAUAAAAAAAUUUGCUUUGCGACCAGCGAGCAGUUUGGAGGAGUACAACUCGCGAGCAGCGAGCACUUCUUAUAUAGGGACAAGAUCCUCGUGUUAGAACAGCCUCUUCUGGAAGAAUCCUAAAGCUUCCAAACCGUUUUUAUCGAAAACACGGCCUAAUUAAAGCCCAGUGAGUAGGGCGGUAAAGAAACUCAGAGGAACUCAAGGUAACAAUAUCUUGUCUUCUUGUAACCAUCUUUAGCUAGAUCAGCUAAUUUAUUAUUUAUCGUUGUCAUUUAUCGCGUGCAUUUCCACUGAACUUGAUAGCCAUAUUUAUAGGAAUUAAGCACCAUACAAAAUUACAUUUACUUUAACCCAAAGAGGGAUUUACAAAAUUUCGAGCAAUACCUUUCAUGCGAGGCAAAAAUUUGGGAAGCACGAACAGCGAACAAGCAAAAAAAGGUUCGAUGAAGUUAAAAAUUUUCAUGGACUAUUCAUCACCCCUUCCAAUGGUGUUUCACUGAGUUUGUCAUCAUUUUUAAUUUCAUUUUUUUUAGGGUUUCCUAAAAUACGUACUGAAGAAUGUCUGGACCGACGUCGCGUGUUAAAAAUAUAUUCAAGAUGAGGAGUUUCUUCUUAAGACAGCCAUCAAAGCUCGAUAAAAUCAAGAGUUUUCGAUCUGUCUUAACAUCGAUAUCAACUAUUCGAUAUCAGCGAUAUCAUAUCCGCAUGGUUGAAAACAAAACUGAAGGGUGAUUAAGACUGCAUGUCAAGCUUUAAAAAUGGGAAAAAUAUAAAAUAUAUAAUUCAUUAUUUGAUUUAUGUUUUCUUUCUUCAUUCGUUUCUCUCGCUCUUCUUGUCGCAAGGAACCUUGCAAAAAAAGAAACCAACGCGUAAACUGAACGUGCCCAUGAGCUUUGGUCUCUUUUAUGCUUGCGUGUCCUUCUGGAAAGAACUACCUGUUGUUACGUUCCUUUUAACAUUUCUAGAAAACAACUAUGUAAUUAUAUUUGAUUUGAUCUUCAUAAACUUCCUCUUAGUCUGACGGCGCUGAACUCCUAUUUUAAGCCGCCUUUGCGUGAAGGAAGGCUAUCUAUUCCCUGUUACUGAAAUCGGAGUUAGUGGAUGCAGAUUGUAUUAUUUUUUGCAAAACGUAGACGGCCAGUUGGUUCUUUUAUGACACACAUUUUGAGGCUUGUAACAAAUCUUUUUUCUAUCUUCUCACACGUAUCUCUAGAGCCCUCUCAAAGCGUCCGUCCGGCCCUUAAAAGCUACUUUAUUUUUAAAUCAGCAGUUUUCCCAAAAUGCAGGUGCUUGAUCAGCGAUAUCAUAUCCGCAAGGUUGAAAACAAAGCCGAUACCGGCCGAUUUAAAUAUCGCCUCUUUCUACGCCGAUGGGCAUAACCGGAUGAGCUCCAUCUUAUUUCGAAGUAUUGUAACGAGGAGUGUGAGAGGGGGGCAGAGGAGCAUUACUUGAGCUAGAAGAGCCAUCUGAUAGGGGGAUGUUUCAAUUUAAGUAGGACUUGGGCGUAUAUAUACAACUGUAAAGGCUCCCAAAAGAAUUUCACUCUUGACUGACGUUCCCGAUUUCGGCGAGACUGAAAACUUUGCUCACAAAAAACCAAGGUAUUACUAGCGUAUUAGUACAAAGCUAUUUCUAUAGUUCUAAAAACGGCACACUUUCGCAAAUAAUGGGGAUCGUUAUUUUACAUUUUCAGCUGAGGGUGUUAAGAGCAGCCGGAGGGAAGAUAAACACUCUGUUGUGGGGAGGCCUUUUUUUAAUUCAAUUUGGGUGUGGCCAAACAAUGUGCCGAGGGUGGUGUGGCAAAUCGAGGAUUUUGUGUGAACAUUUGUGAAGUAUUCUGGGUGUUAUAAUAUUUAGCAAUAGGGAUAUCGUUGUUUAAAUGUUUGCAAAAAGUAAACAGAGUCUUCUGUCACUACAUACGCCAUAUUCGCAUCACGAUGAAAUGCUCCCCAGCCUUGGAUAUUGUCGGCUCAACCAUCGUUCCCAUUUCUCUCUGUUGACUAUAUAGAACGGCGCAGAUUUCCCUUUAGUUGCGCCAAUGCAGAAAAAUCUGGAACGUUGAGACUUAAGGACUUUGAAAAAGACUGAAUGUUCAGGGGGCGAGCCGUUUUCACUUUUGGGAUAUGUUUUCUUGUUUGUUUCAAAAGGGACGAUUGUUAAUGUAUUAUUAAAAACCCUUAUGAUAUUACCUCAUGCAUUCAGCUAGGCGUGGUUAUCGCUCAAUUCCUGAAGUGAUCAGAGCCCAUCAUCUCAAAAAAAACCGCCCGGCGACUGUGCUAAGUAGCGGCUAAUAGGCCUGAAGAGCUGAAAUAUGCUUACAGGACAAUCCGAUUUAGACCGCUCGUAGGUUGUCUAAAACAAUUAGACAUGGUGGGGCAGCUUUUACGUCUCCGUAGUGAGUGGCAUUCCUGAACCAACUAAAAUAAAUUCACCGAGCAAAAUAAUUCAAGACUCACGCAUGGCAAGCCCUCAAAAGAAAGGCUGGGAAGAGGAACUGAAGACGGGCCGAGAAUAAAGCAUAUGCUUCGAAGAUUAUCAAAAGCGCGAUUUAAAUGUUAGAAGUUGAACGCCUGAACAAUAAAACUGGUCAGCAACACAACAGUUCUCUUGGUUAACUUCUUUCACAUUCAAUUGAAAUGGAAUGCAUGCAGGGUUUAAAUCACCCUUUCAGGCGUUUUCGGGACAGCUAAAAAAAUUCGAUGAAUGUGAACUCACGUCAUGAAUCAGAGCAAUAAAUAACAACCGUUAAAAUUGCCGAAGGGUGAUUAAGACUGUAUGUCAAGCUUUAAAAAUGGGAAAAAUAUAAAAUGUAUAAUUCAUUAUUUGAUUUAUGUUUUCUUUCUUCAUUCGUUUCUCUCGCUCUUCUUGUCGCAAGGAACCUUGCAAAAAAGAAACCAGCGCGUAAACUUAUGCUUGCGUGUCCUUCUGGAAAGAACUACCUGUUGUUACGUUCCUUUUCUUAUUUCUAGAAAACAACGAUGUAAUUAUAUUUGAUUUGAUCUUCAUAAACUUCCUCUUAGUCUGACGGCGCAGGACUCCUAUUUUUAGACUGUGCGUAAAGGAAGGCUAUCUAUUCCCUAUUACUGAAAUCGGAGUUAGUACAUGCAGAUUGUCUUAUUUUUUUUGCAAAACGCAGCCAGCCAGUUGGUUCUUUUAUGACGCACAUUUUGAGGCUUAUAGCAAAUCUUUUUUCCGGCUUCUCACACGUAUCUCUAGGGGCCUCUUAAAGCGCCCGUCCGGCCCUUAAAAGCUACUUUAUUUUUAAAUCAGCCGUUUUCCCAAAAUGCAGAUGCUUGAUGGGCUGGUUGCCAGUUUCAUGUUUUGUAGGGAGGGAUGGGGCGGUGGGGUACGGGGUACGUACAAAUUGAGUUGCCUACUUUGUCAGCAGCCUUCUGUGAGUAUAAUACGUUAUAUUUCGCAGAUGGCAAAUGUUCAUGAUUGAUUGGGAAUAUUGUGUUGGGUAUUAGAAGCUUCCCUAAGUUGGACUGAUUUUUACGUGAGUUUCUUCAUUUCUUGUUGUGUAAUACAAAAUUUUGUCGGCGAGUAUGCAUCCAUAAUCUUCUUUGUUCUGCGGAAGCAUUUUACAACAACACUUCUUCGCCGGAAUCAACAUUUUUCGUCAUUUUCACUUUGGGUUUCUUUGCAGCUUGUUGUUGUCUGUUUCUAAGAGGCAAACCCUUGAAACAAUAAACAAACCUACGCCUACGGAAGCUUUUUCUUUAAUAACAGGAAACCAAGAGCCUUAAUCAUUAUGGCUCUUGCAGGAUGCGUACUUGUUGAUGCUAUCCUGUAACCUUAAAUUCUCUUUAAAACAAAUAAAUAAUUUUAUACGUCAAUUUGGUGUGGCCAAUUAAGUCAUUUAAAUACAUAAUUGGUGUUAAAACUGGGCUGACCAUUGACGACAGUCGGGGAAGGGUCGUUAGGUGACGUCAUCAAAAUACCAUUGUACCAAAACACAUCAAAUAAAGAUAAUCGGCAGCACCGGACAGAAUUACAAGAUCAGUUAAAAUUGAAUUAGUUGUAUCAAGUUUUGUUUAAAAUAGACGUGAUUAAGAUUUUUUCUCCGUUAAUCAACAAUGACCCAUUCAAAAAAACCUGCCAUCAUGAAAUGGCGCAUGGACUCUAACUGCAAAUUAGAAUUAGCUGCAGAUAAUUAAAAAUAAAUAGAUAAGUAACCUGAAAUAACUUAAUAAAUCCAGCGUGAUUUUAAAGCACGAGUCAGAUAAAUACGAAUAUUUCGAUAUGCCGAGACUGGAGCCGGUAUAGAUCCUGAAAUAAUCCACAGCAGUGAGCCAACAAGAGCACGGGCGGGUUCUUCAGAGGUUGGUCUGUGAAAAUAAAUGACAAUCUUUUGAUGACCUUUAAGGACGAUUGGUUAAUACAUAGUUAAUCUGGACAGAUAUUCCACUAAAGGACGUUUUAACUUGCAGGAUAUACCUGGGGUUGUAUCUAGAGCAUAAGUUUUAAUUUUUGCCGAAAGCAUUUUGGAGCUCGGACACGACGAGCAAAAGAAUGAGUUAAUUUGGCUAGACAUAUUAAUGACAUAAAAGUGAUUAACAUUCCAAGAUGUCCUUCCUCGAUUUUGUUGUUCCAUGAUUAUCCCGGCGGCGGGAAUAUAUACAAUACGAAACCGCAUCAUUUUAAAUCAAAGGGUUUUGAGGGUUUUGUUUACAAACAACUACACAACGUAGCCUUCAUUUGUCUUCACUGACUCUCUUUUGUCUCUCUUCGUAAAAAAUAAUGCGGAAGAGACUCUUUUCUUGACUCUCUGCAACGCCUGUAACCACCCCCUGUUACAUACUGUUAAGCUGCUUCAAUUUAUAGAAAUGUUUGUGUCAUUUCUAAUUGAGUUUACCGUCUCGUGACCUCUUAAAAGUCAUAGGACAAAUAUGUUUUUACAAAGAGACGAUACGGAUAUAUGAUUUUAAUUGUUGGUCACGCAGCACUCGCGUGGGUCGUGAGAUGACGUCACCGGAAGUGCGUUAAAGAGUUCGCCUUCUGAAAAAAUGUAAUAGUGUUAAACUCAUCAUGCUGACCAUAGAUAGCAUAAGGCCGCUUUUUUUCGAAAAUAUUUUUCCUCAGAUGCUCAGAAAUAUAUCUUUUAAAAGACAUGAUUAAAUCUCUAAUCGUGUAUAAAGUGAAAACAAAAAACAUGCACAAAAAAGUACCUCUUUCAAUUUUGUCACACAUGAUGUGAUCACAGCAAAAUCAUUUAUGCCCCCAGUGGAUCACUGAUGAAGUCCAAACACCAAACCGCUCAAAAACGUGGGAGGCACCACAACAUGGCCGCAAUUUUAAAGGAAAAAGGUCAACCAUUUUACGUGAUAACAGCCGGUUUAAACACUGUCCUUCAAAGGCCAAGCAUUUUUCCACAGCAGUUUCAAAGCCAGCUAGUGCUGAAACAAACACAGCAGUGCGGCAAACAACAGAGGGACUUUCCCUUGUUACAGAACUCAAUCAACUGAGUCAUACUUAUUUAAUAAAACAAUUCAGAUUUAUUCCAAUGUAUAUUCUAUUACUUCUUGUGCUUUCUAACAGUCUUCAUACCCUAUAGAUGCAUUAUCGUUCCCUUUUCAACUUGAAAUGACGAUGUCUAUAAAGUUGCAUUUUUUCUCCAAAUUCGCGAUCAUUUUUCCUUUUUCUGUUUUCACACUACCAUACGACAAUUGCCGGUUUGAUAAUUCUUAAUUACUGCGUAUUAUGCAAUUUAAUACAGGGCUAAUUCUGCUGAUUAGAAUAUAUUUCUAGGAACUGCAGCCUGGACAAUUUAGAAUCGAGGGACUUUUUCGGUUUCGUGGAAAAUGUGGAAUCAGCAAACAUUAAGAUCUUGGAGAUCUCAGUAAAAGGCCAAGUAAAAAUGAAUCGAUUGCUGCAAUUUCGUUCCCGGAAAGGCCGGUUUAUUGCAAAGCAAUUUUAUUCAAUGUUAUUUCCCAUGCAUCUGGUAAUUCUGGUCGAAAAGGAAACUGCUCUUGAAAAUAACCAACACCCCCAGACUUGUAAUGACAAGUUACUGGGGCGGUACUUAAAAUAUCAAUGACUUCAUUGGAGCGUGCAGCGGGCACUAACAUAAAACUCAUGUGUUGUGUGAGAGACUUUCAGUUUAAUUCCGCCACCCUGUCAGGUCACUACAGUUCAAACAUGAUGGAUACACAUCAACAAAAGACCUCUCUUUCUUUUUCGAUUGACAAUAUUCUGCGAGAUGACUUUCCACAGCAGCGAAAGCCAAGAAUCAGUGCUGUGAGUUUCCCAACCGUUCAGUCCAAGUUCGGUCGCUGGCCGAGCGCACCAUUUUACCGAUGUUUUGCAGUCCGUUAUAAUCCAGUCCUUGUGCGACUGCUGCCUAACAGGCAAAGAUUCGGGGAAAGGUUGCAGCAGGCUAACAGAGUAAGAGAACUGAUCUUAGCGCACCAGACAGAAAAACGAGCAGAAGAAGGAAGCCUGAGAACUGACUACGAUAAAGAGGAAGACUUCCAGGAUAAUGAAGGUAAGAUUUUCUUGAUUUUUUUUUUUUAAUUGCAACUUUUUUUCUCCAACAUGGUCUUAAAUCUCAAGCAUCUCCGUCGGUAACAAGACGAUUGCGUCAAGGAAAAACUGGCAAGUCCUUCAUGAAGUUUAUGCAAAUGCCAAUGCUAUAAAAGCAAAAAUGAAAAGAAAAUUAGGCCGAAACGAGGACAGAAGACUCGUUGGCUAGCGAAUAUUUUUGGCAAAGAGAGUUUUCAGUUUGUAUCGGUUGUUAGACUUACUUAUUAUACUUGUUUAUACAUGUUACUAGCGUUAAUUUAACUCGGUUUAAUAAAUGCAUCAUUGUAUAGAACUUGAAUAAUCAAUCAUAUCCUAACAAAUUUAAAGCCGUUAAAUCUUUAAACGAAGUCAAAUGUCCUCAGAAGGGUUGGUAAAUGAUUCUUUCACUUCCUGACCACAUCAAGUUCAGUUUCUUCAAACAGCACCCUUUUUAGAACAAUACUGCAAGGCCUUGUUUAAAAUAAAUUUAAAAGUCAAACAAACUCUAAUUUAACAAUGAUCAAAUAAUUACUGAUGUAAUGUACCUAUAUAGAAACUUCGUUAACGUGCGAUGUUUAAGGUACCGUUAAAAUCGCGUGAUACAUGCCUGUAUUUCAUGGUUGAAAGGGUAAAAAGCAAGGACUUAUCUGGACUUAUAAGUUAGUUUUCGCCUUUGUUCGAGCUUGCCCCAACAAAGUAUACAGCAAAGCUAAGUCUCAUGCAAGAACCGCUUAACAUCAUACGAAUCACAUGAAACUAAGAAGGGUAUUGACUGAUCUUCGGGUUCAAAAUUACUUAGUUUGAAAAGUUACUUUAUUUUUUUGUUUCGAGGGUUCCAUGCCGAGAGAACAGCUUACAGGUAUCAUUUUAGCCAGCUGGAGCCUUCCCGUUGCGCUCUUUAGCGAAUUUUUUUUCGUAAUACUUUGCGAGUUUUGAAUCAUCUUCUGUGACUUUUUUCAACAUGUUGCCGGCCGCGAAAACAGUAUUAGACCCGCAGAUUUGCCACAAUUCUUGCCUCUGUCAGAUCUUACUAUUCACCGCUAUCAAACUUGCUUACUAUGGUGUUUUUAGGAAAGCCAUCUAAAUCUCCCGUCGAAAAAAAAACAGGAUAUUUUACGCUUCUUAACGCUACUGAGCAGAAAUCUUAAACUUGAAAACAAAAGUUCUCUUUUGUCGUUUCCUUUACGUAAGAAAGAGCGCUAAAAUUGCGGAAAAAGUGCAGAAAGUAUGAGGAUCAAUCAAGUUAAAACAAGCAGGGGUAGUGAAUAAUUUAAUAGGAAAAUGGUUGUCAUGGAUGUUUACUCAAAAAAGUGCGUAGAAAAGCUUGGUUUCCGUUGUGGUGGAAUAAAAAAAGAGAGAGUAGGUUAAUUUAGUUUUCAUACUUAGGUACUAGCGGAAGUAUUUUUGUUGACAAAGCAAUAAUUCUCCAAAUAUCGACAUUACACUUGAAUAAGCGCCAAAAAUAUCUGUUGGAAAUUGAAAAUUGCGAAAUUUACGAGCAAACAAACAAGGUACUUAGGUACUAACGAAAGUUUUUUUGUUGACGAAGCAAUUUUUCUCAAAAUAUCAACGUUACACUUGAAUAAGCGCAAAAAAUAUCCGUUGGAAAUUGAAAAUUGCGAAAUUUACGAGCAAACAAACUAAAAUAGUCGCGUGUGGCCUCGCCUGAUGUCCGUCUUUGAGUAAACUGAUUUUGUGAUAAAAUUCUCAAAUGAUCUUAUUAAUCUAACAGUCGAGAAGUGACCCCAAAUUUCUUUCUCCUUCGAUGCCUCUUUUUCUCAACCCACAAGCGAGACAUAUUUCUAUUUUCCGGCUAUAAAAGACUUCUUUGACUCUGCCGCUGUCCGGUCGCAAGUUGCGACCACGAACGACAUACAUCGAAUCGAAUCACGUAAAAUUUAUCACUUUAUUUUCUGUGACUAAAAUCGGCUUUAAGUAAGCGGAUCAUCAGAGUGAAAUCUUUAUUCCAGGACUUUGGGUUUCAUAUGAAACUUAUUUGCUUCGCUACUGCGGUGUUUAAUCCAGUAACAUCAGGCUCAAAAGUGCAAUGUAUCGGUCAGGCGAUACUCAGUCGUCAAUGUGCUAAAUCACCAGGGGCACCCAGAGAUUUUUUUCUCUAAAAUAACUGUUGGAAAGAGCAAGUAUUACCUAAAAAUGUCCAAAGCUCGAGUAAGGUUAAAAAAUUUCUAGAUAAUCAUUGCGUUCGUCUAAGAUAUUCGGUUUUUUUCAACUAACUUUGUGUUUUCGCAUUUUCAAAGAUGUUGCGACAAUUUUUUAAAAAAUAUCUCUUAAAAAUUUCGAAACAGAGACUAUGUACGGCCACUGCAUGUCCUCGAACUUUCGACCGGAUCUGGUCAGGGUAGCUAAAAAUUUCGAAUGAGGCGAAAAAGCUAACUAACACUUUCAAGACGACCAAAGUUCCCCUCAAACAACCGAACAGAGAAGUAGUUUUUAAGGCAACUGCAAAUUAACCAAACACAGGGGCACCCAACGACUGUUUUCUGUAAAAGAUUUGUUCGGAGAAGCAAAUAUUACCUAGAAUUUUCUAUAGCUUGAGGACGGCUAAACAUUUCUAGAUAAUCGUUCCGUUCAUGUGCAAUUUUCGCCGCUUAUCUAAUAAUCCCUACGAUUUCCUGAAGUUUAAAUUUUACAUUUCACUUCCCAAGUUAGGCUAUUUUUUGGAGAAAAAAGGAAACCUUAAAUUUUCGGAUUCAAAAAUGUUAUGGAGAGAGGUAUCAGAAAAUGUCUCACUUUCGUAAUACGUCCAAUUGCAUCAAAAUUUUCGGAAAAAUACUACUCAAGCCCUUAUAAUAUCGAAAAGACUCAAGUUCCCCUAGAAAAAGUGUUUUCAAUGUAUUUAGGAGGAAACAAGCUUCUUAGCUGAAGCAUAGAGAAGACCAUUUGGGACACUUCUGACGUAUUUGGAAACAUUCGCUCUAUUUUGCCUCUAACUCACAGGAAUAGUGCGAAGCUACUGAGUUCCCCGUAUAAAGCGAUGAGAAAUACGUUAUUUAAUUUUGUUGUUUUAAACACUUUACAAAAACGAAAGCAUUUUUUGUGCGAAACUAGAGUUUCGUGGGUGGAAAAAAAGAAAAGAAUCUGAAAGCCACAUCAGUCAUUCUUCAAAAAUUUCCAAAUUCCUGCACCCACAAUAUAAAAAAUCAGCGCCAAAAUACAAGACUAUUUCUAAACAGGAAAUAAUUUCCCAACAAAGUAUGCCGUUUUACUUGAUUGUUCUUCAUUCUGGCACAAAGUAAUCAAGAUUGGCACUUUUUCUCAAAAAGGGUGUGAACACUAGUGUUUUUCUAGAUUUUCUGGCAAUGAAUAACUUCCUCAGCAAUUUGGCAAAAACUAGUAACUGCGCUGUAUUUCACAGUUCUUAGUCUAAGGAAUGCUCUUAACUGUUGUGUCAUUGCCGCGAGGUAAUUUUUGACCAAACGACUGCAUAUCUUUGCCAGUUUGUGGGCGGAUGUUACGUUAUCGACGAAAAUAUAAAAAUGUUAGUUAUUAUACAUGCAAUGACUUCCGCGUUUUUAGCGGCCUCAUAAGAAUUUUGUUUUUCUUUGUAGAGUUUUGAACAAUGGCGAAGAUAUGACUUUUGUAUAAGUUGUUGUCUCGAGAAACAGUUUUUACUUGAACUUAUUUCUAAGUUCUGGACGCGUCAAUGAAGUCGAUGAAUACAAAAUAUUCUUAUACGUGAUCUGGAGGAGUUUUGCAGCUAUGUUUUAUGGAUAAAAAUAAUGUGAACCGGCAGAGGACUAUUUAGACUGGUCGCUAAAUCAACAAAGCGUAACAAUUCAAACGAAAGUAAGAGAAAGUCGGAAGACGGAUGUGGUCGGCUAGAAAUACGUGAUGAAAGGUAGGAAAUAAGGGUUUGCACUACUCACUUCCUACAAUAAUUUCUAAAAACUUUCAAUUGGUCAAAAAAUGAAGAAAUUGUAAUUUUAAGACAAAGUUCUCGCGAAAAGGCAACGAGGUUCUACACGAGUUAGCGGAAUUUUAAACUUACUCACGUUGAAACCGCGCGACGAAACUCGCGUGAUCUUUUUGAGUAUCAUGCGUAGGUCAUCGCGAAUAAGUAUUUUAACUUUAUGCCAGUCAUCAAAAAUUGAGGGUAAUUGAAAAUAAUAAAAAAGGGUUGGCCAACUCCCUUACGAGUGUGUGCAAGUCGCUAGCUGGCCCUCAUCGACUUUGGAAUCAAAUCAGACACUUAUUAAAAUAAAUUUGCUUUUGAAACUUUCGUCGUGAACAAAAAGGCACCAAAAAAGUCGCCGUCCAAAUCAUAGCGUUUUCGCAUCGUCAAGUUUUCAACCGUCCUUUUCCUGCCAAGCCCUAUCGAUGCAAUUACAGGGUUCAAUGCUUUGUUAGAACGAAAGAUGGGAAGAAUGGCGAUCAUAUUUUAAAAAGUUUAAAGUGUCACCAAGAUUAGUAUACUCACUUAUUCAACUUCUGAAUGAAGUUUUUGUAUGAACGGAAAUUAAAUUUUCUUGGAUUAGCCUAGCCUAGCUGAAAGUUGUUUCAAAAGUACAUAAAAACUGCUUUAGUGUGACUUUUAUCAAGAAUAGAUGCUAAGAACGUCGACUGCGACAAACGACGUAUCAGUGUUUUCAAACUUUGACGGAUGUAUGAGAAAAAGUAUUCCAAAGCCAUUGAUUAAGACUUGUACUUCCACCUUGCAAAACACAUUUACGACUUUCUCGGGUGUUCAAAGGUUAUUUCAUGCAUUAACGAACGUUUCUUCGUCUAGUGUUGUUUUGUGUACAUACUGUUACCUGACUUCCCAUGUAUAAAAAAGAAAAAAUCGAACAGAAUAAAGGAUACUCCAGAAAGGUCGAAAAAAAAAUUCCUUUGAAACUCUUUCACGUGCCUCAGUACUAUGAUAAGUUCCAUACGAAACAUAGUUUAUUCGGAGCAUCUUAACUUUGAUUUUGCUCUUGUUUUCAACAUUUUCCGGCAACCAUCUUCAGCGGACAAUUUCGAAAAAUUUAAAAAUCAUUAAAUCCUUUAAAGUGGAAGCAAGUGAAAUUUAAGGGGUAGAACAUUUUGUUAUUCUGUUUCAGUUUAGUUCUCCACACGAGCUGCACGUGUCGUGCAUCAACUUCUCGACAAUUUGUGUUCGAACAUAACAUUGCCACAAACGUUAGCGAAUACAGUUUAGAUUGUGUGUUCGUAGGGUUCUCUAGCCUGCCUUAUUUCAUUUGUUUAAAUUUUAACUAUCAGUCACCGAAACUUUGUUGCCUGCAGCACUCUGAAUUCCGGCCAUUAUGUCAUUGUAACAAAAAAGACUAGCAUAAUAACACUGAUGGGCGAAGCUGUUCCUGAACAUUGGCCUUUGACUCAUGAUAAUCGAAUAUUGAAGAACAUAUUUAUCAAAACUCGAAUUUUUUUCUUGUACAAUUUUACGAAAUAAAAUUACUUAGUAUUAUUAACAAGUUUUAACAAAGGAGUUGUAUUUUAAUGGUAACACCAAAGAAUUUGAACCACACGUUUGAAGUGUAAGUUAGAGUCAGACGAAUGAUUUCUCGAUCACUUGAUCUUUGAGUGAAUGGUAUUUGUCAAAGUGGGCCAAUCGAGGCUGAAAUCUGUUUAGGCAAUAAUAUGAUUCAUCGAUACUUGACCACGUUCAUUGUACAGUAUUGAAAUGACAAUGUUUCAUAUUGCAAGGCCGUUCGGUCGAAAUGAAAAAAAAAAGCAGCACGAAAACACAUCGGUUUCAGACCGCAACACUAUCAUAAAUAUUAUCGUAUAGCUUGUUUAUAAAAAAUAAUCAAUGCACAGCUUCUAACAACCUCUUUUCACCUCUCAGAUGAAAUCGAAGAAGAUAAAGGAAAACAACAUCCACAGCAGGACAAGUGCAUAAAGGAAAAAAGCCUACAAAGAAAGCGACGAAUUCGGAGCCAUUUUACACAGCGUCAACUUCAAUAUCUGGAGAAAAUAUUUUCCCGCCAACAGUAUCUGACACGUGACGAGAGAACCCUGUUGGCGAGGGGACUGGAAAUGACUGAGCUUCAAAUCAGAAACUGGUUUCAAAACAAAAGAUAUCAGAAAAAACAUCGCGCAAUUUCAAAUGACACUAAAGCAGACAAAGAGGACCAACCAGAAAAACCGGAUACUUCAGUGUGUGGAGAAGCCGAUGUUUAAUUUGUACCAGCAAGAAAUUGAAAACAUAAUUAUUUUAUUUAUAAAUAUAAAGAAUUCUAAGAAUUCAAGGUGUUACGCUUAAGGUAGAGCCAUGUUAUAGGGAAAAAGAAAAAGCGAGCAACUUAAAUAAGAAUAGGACUGUGCAUGGCGAUAUUCGCCGAUGGUGUGUCGGUUGCUAUGGAACUAUAAGCAAUCCUAUGGUCUGACCUUUGAAGCGAAGGAAAGAAAACGCUAAAUAAGAGCAUCAACAUAAAAAUAAAGCGAUGUGUGUUGACUUAAAAAGAGAAAACUAAAAACAAAGAAACGUGGAAGAAUUGAAAAAUGAAUUUUAUUAUAUUUUCUAAGAGGUUAAAAGUAAACAUCCAGAACGCGUGCAACUAUACUUUGACCUCCUCAGUAUUUUUCACCAACAUUAUUUAUAUUGUAUUAUUUAUGGGGUAUACAUGAUUUCAAACGAGAUAAUACAACGAAGUUAGCAUAUUUAACAAUAGACGACAUGAUUGUACUUUAAAAGUGCUCUAGAAAUAUUGUUUUAUAUAGCUUACAAAGCGUUUCAGUGUAUUGUUGUCUACAUUAUAACUGGCUGUUAACAGUGUUUUUAGGUUUUGGAAAAAUAGAGCGAGG